UUUUACUUGAGCUGUUAGCCACCUUAGGUCUCUGCGAUUGCCAACAACAAUUCCAUUAAAACGACGAUUCACAAAUCCGAAGACGCCAAUCCCUUGAGCGAAAAGAAAAAAGAAGCAAGGCACAUAGAGCGAAUCCAUGAGAAAAUGCUUGCAGCAGCAACAAAAUCAAGAGUUAUAGCCAUUAUUCACCACGUGCGCACGUUAGCUUUAGCCGCCAGUUCUUUCGCUUUCAGAUCGCCAUGUCCAGAUUUUUGAUGUUUGGAAAUAUAAAGAGAGUUGCAAGGUCGAUCAUUUUGAGCCAGAAAAAUAGCCAAUCUGAAUUGAGGAAGUAUGGGGCGGUAGUUACAGUUGGCUUACAUUUACCCCAUUACAGAUUCUAUGCACAUCAUAGAUUUCCUAGUAGAGGGCAUUCGUCUAUUGGAUUCUGUGGUGUCAAGGAUGAUGUAUGCCGGAAUUGUUUUUCUAGGAAGUACUCUAUUGUGUCGGCAAGUAAUGCAGUAACACAUCAUGCCCAACUUGCUUGGAAAAGGGUUUUCAGAAAAGGUUCUGCCAGUGACCAUACUUUCCCCCACAUAAGCAAGAUUGCUCAAGCAAUCAGCUUGGCUUUGACACGAUCACACCUAGUUGUCCCUGGUGUGUUUGCAGUCACUUGUGGGCAGGUGGCAUGGGCACAGAGAACACUGGCAGAAACAGACUACUACCCAUUACCAAAUUCUUUGUACAUGCGUGCCCAAGAUGGGCGUGCUUAUGUAUUCUCAUUGGUGCUAGCCAUUGUGGAAGGUUUUGUUUUGCUAGUGAGAGCUCUCUAUUUGGGAAUUUUGUUCUCACCUAGCUUAAUAAUGGCACCAUUUGCGGAUUCUUGUGGACCAAAAUUUAGGAAAAUGUGGCUUCAGGUUGUUCAUCGCACCCUGGAAAAAGCAGGUCCAGCAUUCAUAAAAUGGGGUCAAUGGGCAGCAACGCGGCCAGAUUUAUUUGCUAGAGAUUUGUGCACAAAACUUUCAGAGCUACACACCAAAGCUCCUGAACAUAGCUUUGCUUACACAAGAAAAACUAUUGAAAGAGCAUUUGGCCGGAAGCUUUCUGAGAUUUUUGAGGGUUUUGAAGAGGUGCCUGUUGCAUCUGGAAGUAUUGCUCAAGUGCAUCGAGCCUCUUUGAGGUUUCGGUACCCUGGUCAAAAACUGGCAAAGCCUACAAUAGUUGCUGUAAAAGUCAGGCAUCCUGGCGUUGGUGAAUCAAUUCGGAGAGAUUUUGAGAUAAUCAACUUAGUAGCUAAAAUGUCAAAGUUCAUUCCUACUUUGAACUGGUUGAGGUUGGAUGAGAGCGUCCAGCAGUUUGCGGUUUUCAUGAUGUCUCAAGUUGACCUUGCUAGGGAAGCUGCACAUUUGAGCCGCUUUAUUUAUAAUUUCCGAAGAUGGAAGGAUGUUUCUUUUCCAAAGCCUGUAUACCCGCUUGUGCAUCCUGCUGUUUUGGUGGAAACCUAUGAGCAAGGGGAAUGUGUCUCACACUAUGUUGACGAAAUUGAAGGACACAAUCGGAUUAAAUCUGCACUUGCUCACAUUGGGACUCAUGCACUUCUGAAAAUGCUUUUGGUGGACAACUUUAUUCAUGCAGACAUGCAUCCUGGAAAUAUCCUUGUUCGGGUGUCCGAAAAGAAGUCUUCUCGGAAAGGGCUCUUUAAAUCAAAGCCCCAUGUCAUUUUCCUUGAUGUAGGUAUGACUGCUGAACUUUCCAAGAGUGAUCGAGUAAAUUUAAUUGAGUUUUUUAAGGCUGUAGCCCUUCGAGAUGGCCGCACUGCAGCAGAGUGCACACUGAGAUUAUCAAAGCAACAAAAUUGCCCAGAUCCAAAAGCUUUUAUUGAGGAAGUGGAAGAGGCAUUCACCUUUUGGGGUACUCCAGAGGGUGAUCUAAUUCAUCCUGCUGAGUGCAUGCAAGAAUUACUUGAGAAAGUCAGGCAUCAUAAAGUCAACAUUGAUGGCAAUGUUUGCACCGUGAUGGUCACAACUUUAGUUCUUGAGGGCUGGCAGCGGAAGCUGGAUCCUGGAUACAAUGUAAUGCACACAUUACAAACACUGCUUCUCCGAGCUGACUGGGCGAAGUCUCUUUCGUACACAAUUGAUGGGCUGAUGGCACCAUGAGAAGUGGCGAAGGUUGGCAAGACAGGACAUCAGUAGACUGGUACUGAUUAUUUUAGAGUGUUUAGUUUUUUUUUUUUUUUUGGCUGGAACUCUUUUGAAUUCUUUACUGGUGAAUUGUAUCAAAAUGGAGAAGAGAGGCAUCCAUAGGUGGUUGCUUAGUUGAGCAUUUAGAGAAAUUGCUGCUAUGAGCACCACUGAAUUGCAAUUACAAAGAAAAAUUGCUAUUCUAACUGAUUUGACGGCGGCUGGUAUUAUUGCGACCUUAUCUAUUCCAACAUAAUGAGAUUCACUGGAUUCAUCCACGAACAAGCAAGCAAGGAGCUUGUCCUGUGAAUUUUAUGUUCCAGGAUUUAUACAUAUGACAUUUUGCGUGGCAGAUAAACUUGGUUGGACUUUUAAUUUGAUUGCUUCAUAUGAUAAAUGAUAAUGAAUUUUACUUAAUGGUUGCCUGGAAUGAACUGAAUUUAUUUCUCA